AUGAUGGUCACUACGAUGAAUACAUCGUCAAAGUGAGACAGGCGAAAAAUUUCGCGGGAAAUGGUCAUUAUGAAAAGUACAUACGCGAAGUGAAGAAAUUCGACGAAUGUGAGGGAGUUUUUAAGACAAGGAGUCUUAAAGGAUUCUGAUUUUGACGAGGAAGAUGGCGAUCCUGAACGUGGUCACGAGGGUGAGAAGAAUGAAGGAAAUUACGGAAGGGAUGAACGUCAUAUUUAUGAUGAAGACGAGGUGAGAAAAGGUCAG